AUGAGCAGGGCUUUACUACGAGGCGCUGCAUGCCAGUCAUGUCGCCAUGAAAUUCUUCGAUCGUUCCUUGCCGUCUCGGGCGUCCCGAUUCCCCGAUUCACUGCCGUUAUUCGUCCCAGCUUCAACUCCAGAGCUUUCUCAGCGGUAGGCUCUUUGCGCUCUGAUCGGCCCCCUAUCUCAAAUCCACCAGAUAUCAAUCUGUCGCCCGUGGAAGAGAAAAUUGUUGAAGAGAGCGAGAUCGAAACGACAUCAAAUGCUCAGUCGACUUCCCGUGUCCCAUGGUAUUUGCAGGAGGAGUCACAAACCCCGGAAGAGCGGCCCAUACCUGGCGAUGAUAUCCCCGAGAUCCCUGAAAACGCACCCGAAAUGCUUCCAGUUCUACUCGAAUACACGUACAAAGAUCUUGGUUUGGACCAGCUAAAGCUCUUCGACUUGCGAGGGCUCGAGGUCCCUGCGGCAUUGGGUGCCAAUGUGAUCAUGAUCGUCGGAACAGCACGCAGCGUGAAGCACUUGAACGUCUCUGCAGAUCGUCUUUGUCGCUGGCUUCGGAGCAAAUACAAGCUCUCUCCGUAUGCGGAUGGAUUGCUAGGACGCAAUGAGCUGAAGAUCAAACUCCGCCGUAAGGCCAAGAGGGCGCGCGCGGCUAGCCAUGCCGGGCGUAUGAUCGACGAGAAGGACGAUGGAAUUACGACAGGCUGGAUCUGUGUGAAUGCAGGAGUGGUGGACAAGGAUGCGGCCAAGACGGACCUCACUGAUGCCGGAUUGGAAGGCUUUGGGCAACUGGAACUCGGCACAAACGUGGUGGUUCAGAUUUUCACGGAGGAGAAGAGAGCCGAUCUCGACCUGGACGGCCUUUGGCAGAGGACCCUGGACCGAGCUGAACGAGACCGACUUCGUGAAUUGCCUGAAUCUGAGCCCAUCAUAGAAUAUUCAACGACCAGCCAUCCCUCGUUCGGUGGUAUUGGUAACCCCAAUGGCCAAAGGAGGAGCAUGCACACUAUCCGACGUACCGUGAACACCGGUACGGAGUCCGACAAAUCUGAGCUACUUGCUAAUUUUGCUGCAAAAUCAACCACAGCAGAAGCUCCUGGCCUCGGAAUGAACACGGAUUCCCUGCUUCGCAUGCUGACUUCUCUCCCUCACGAGAAUGCCCGGGCCGAGCUUGGAGCUGGCCCCGAUGACUACAAUUCCACCGUUUUCUUGCAACUCCUAUAUGCCAGUCUCACUGACGACAUGUCUGCACGGGAUAUCGGGGUUCUUCGCAUGAAGCUGUACUCUAUUGCGGUUUCCCGGCAACACCCAGCUUAUAGCAAGGAUGCUCUUUUCAAGGCUUUCAGCGAUCUUCUUCGUGAUGGGUAUGAGUUGGAAGACGACCUUGCUUUUGAUACCGUCGCUGCGCUUUUGGCCCCGCGGUCUGUUCUUGACCACAAAAAUGAGCCUACAGACUAUCUCCCUCAAGAGGACAUUGAGCUUGCCUUGGAGGUUCUCGACCGUCUCAGCCUACGCGGUGUUCCGACUUUCAACUUCAAAGUCUUCAAUAUGCUCUAUCGAGUGGUUGACACGCCCAUGAACCCGCCCGAGUCGCCUUCAGGUCGGGAAUUGACGGAUUCAGAACAACCAAUACUGGCGACGAGCGGUAAAGAGUGGACCAAGUCUCAGCGGCUGAUGCUAAACCGCUUAUCAAAGCUAGUCUCCGCUGCAGAAGUUGCCUUUGAUGAAGAAGAGGCACGGCAGCUGAUGGUAACCCAGUUUCGAUGUGAGGACUACGAUGGUUUCUGGCGUAUUUGGCGACAGAUCCCCUUGAAGGGUACCGGCCGCACGCAAGAUGAUUACCGAAAUCUGUUCCAGCUGCACGCGGAUCUUGGGGAAGAGGGCCGAGCGCGAGACUGUCUCUCGACGUGGGUGCCCAUGAUGAAUCGAGAGUCUCCUGCCAUUGAGCUGAAGGGCCCUAUUGUGACAUCCGUCAUGCACUGUCUCCUGGUGGCAGACCCAGACAUCCAGAACCGAGUCGAGGAUGGGUCGCCCAGCUUUUUCUUGGGACUGUGGCGACGAUGCCAGGAGGCGCUAGCACGGCCCAGCCUGUGA